UCUUUAAGUUAGGUAAAGUUUACUACAUAAAUCUGUAGAUCAGAAGUCACAAAAUAAUUUAGAAAUAUAAAGCCAAUGGAGACAUCAACGUACCAAUUCAACAAAUGUCUGUCUGUGGAACAUAUAUGACUCGCGAACCAUUCAUCUAAUAACUCAUCUAAUUUGCCCCAGUAGUAUGCAAAUUAGAAUAACAUAAUGUUAAAAAUUAAAAUAUGUUGGACCGGUAACAGAUCAACCUACCUGCCAGACAACACAUAGGGCAAUUUUAACAAGGGCAAUCAAAACAAAUGGAAUAUAAAGCAAAUGGGAGACAUGUUAUCCAAAUUUGAAUAACACAAUGUUAUAAAUAAAAUAUGGAGGAAACUGUGGUGAUGACUCUGCCUCCCACACAACACUCGUAGAAAAUCCUGUACUGUUGCCUACUAGCCAACACUGGGGGGAAAAUCCGUCCCUCGCCUCCUCGCCUGUUCACCUACUUCCUGUGUCACCUCAGUAACUUUUGAAGUCCAGACUGAAGCAGCGGAUCUGAGGAGUCAACACUGAGCCGUCGCUCCUGGAAAUGUCGUCUGUCAGCGGAGCUUGUGCGAAACGAGGAAUAUUGUUUACGAACUAGAUCCGAACUUAUUUUCCCACGAGUCACAGGACAGCAGGAGCUCUGUACCCGGCCCCCUGUCGCCCGGUCCCCCGCAGCAUCACCCGCACCAUGCCCGAGGUGUCGAAGAUGAAGAAGCCCGACGUGAAGGUGGUCAUCCUGGGGGACAUGAACGUGGGGAAGACGUCGCUGCUCCACAGGUACACGGAGAGGAAGUUUAAAGACACCGUCAGCACCAUCGGAGGGGCGUUCUUCCUCAAGCAGUGGGGGCCCUACAACAUCUCGAUAUGGGACACAGCCGGUCGUGAACAGUUCCACGGGUUGGGCUCCAUGUACUGCAGAGGUGCGUCGGCUGUCAUCCUCACUUACGAUGUCACCAACUGGCAAAGCUUGGCUGAGCUGGAGGAGCGCUUCCUGUCCCUGACCGACACCGCUAACCAGGACUGCAUUUACGCCAUUGUGGGCAACAAGGCUGACCUCACAGACCCUAAAGCCCAGUUGUCCCACGACUCAAUCGGUGGUUCGGAGGAUCAAACCCAGUGUGCGGAGGAAAGGACAGAACCACAGAUUCUGUCCGCGUGCCCAACACCCCCGGCCUCUCCUGCAUCCCUCUCUGGGCUGAUCCUACACAAACAGGUCGCCCACGAGGACGCGGUGGCUCUCUAUGGGAGAAUACUGCGCUACAAGGGCCUGGAGGACCAGAGCAGCCUGCCUCCAGAUAAGAUGUGCUUUGAGACGAGUGCCAAGACAGGCUACAACGUGGACGCAUUGUUCGAGACACUGUUCGAUCUGGUGCUGCCCUCCAUCCUGAGGAAGAGAAACGAAAACCAGGAGUCUCCCACAGUCGACCUGGAGGUGUGCAGGGGGGCAGGCGGCAGGCGGGCCAGAUCGACCUGCUGCUAGAAUCUGCCUGGACGAGGUGGAGAGGCUGCCACAAGCAGAGACUUGUUUUUAGCAAAAGACAAUCAACACUUUGGUCUAAGCACCAAAUACUUACUGUGAUGGUACCAAUGAUUUGCCUUGAUUAAGACGCAAUAGCAUGAAUCACCUCCCACUAACACUUACACACACAAACACACACACUUUGAUGCUACGAAGAUGGUCAGAAAAGUUCAGUGUCCUGAGACAUUUCCUUUUUGAAUAUUGGAAAUUAAAGUGCUUCCUCAUCACUCUGUGCUUUUUGAAACCUUCCACACUAACGACUGAAACUGCACUUGUAUCCCAAAGAUGUGUCUGUGGGCAAAUAAUGCACAUGAGUCAAUCACUGCUAUUUUUAAAAUUGAAAUUUAACAGCACUAAUUGUUAGUUGGGUGGCACAUUUCACUGUGUUUGUUAGAGUUGAGCUGUAGGGGUUUUUGAUAAAUCACAAAGUCUUUUAUUUACUGAUCUUUAUAUUUUAUUGCCACUUUUGGAACUUUUUCAAUGAGUGUAAAUAGUAAAAAUCCCUGUUAAAUUUUUACCUAUGCUGUCGUAAUAAAGAUUUUUAUUUUGCA